AGUCGUCUCCAAUUCCACUCCUUCAUUGAUAGCUCUACAUAUACAGUCUCUGAGAGGUCUCCUCUGAGAGGCGAGUAAUAUCGCUUGGGAGAUUGCUGAGUCUGUUGCUUCAAUGGCGUCGGUAUCGUCAACUUCUGGUUCUGAGGCGGCGGCGGCGGCGGAGGGGCCCGUUUUGAGUCUGAUGAACAAACGGCUGCGCGCGUUGCGGAAGAAGUAUAACCGAAUUCUUCAGAUGGAGGCUAGCCUUGUACAGGGAAAAACCUUAAACAAGGAGCAGGAAGAAGUUCUUCGGUCAAAGCCCGGCGUUGUUGCACUUAUUGAUGAGUACGACAAGCUUCGGCUGCCGCUCGCUGCUGCCGUCCAGGAGGAGGUCGCCCUCGCCGCCUCCUGUUCACCAUCUGGUAAACCUAAUCUCAUGCCCGUGGCGGCGGAGGACACUUCAUCGAUUGAUUCCGCCGUAGAUAGCUUACUAGCGCUACUCUACUUUGGCUGUCUCUUCGAUGUGAAGCCCCAGAGCGAGUUCACAUCGAUGAUGCUGACGAGGAAUCACGAGCGCGGGUGCUGCCUGACGUACGAUUAUGUCACGGACGAGGCCACCGAGCUGCUUGGGGAGAAAGAUCUCGAUAUGAUUUCUACUCUCGGAGGGUUGGUUACAUCAAGGCCGCUCUAUUCUGGGAUAUCUCACCGGAGCGCACUCGAGGGUUGUAUUCAGCACGCUAAACUCUGGCUAGAGGGAGCCCAGGAGCCCAUAAUUUCGGGAUCCUCUGUUACCUAUGCUGGCCUGAGGGAAAAGUUGAACAAGAUUAUGGUUUCAGACUACUACACGACGACCCCUGAGAUGAAAGCUCCAGUUGAUGUUGCUGCCGCAGUGGGCAAGUACAAUGCUGCUUGCCAAAUGCUAGUUUCUCAACCUAGCGAGCAGCCCCCAGAUGGCCAGAGUGACGCAGUGCAGGUCGAUUAUCAUCAACAGGAAGAUGAGCAAGAAGAUAUUCAGGCUGCCGAAGUCAUUUCCGAUCAAUCAGGUCCUGCAUGUGAAACUCAGAAGGAUGAGGUAGAUGACUCUGGUCAUACUGCUGGAGACGAUAUUGCACUACACCAAGAGCAACAAAUACCAGAUGAUGUGGAAGAGUAUAACCAGAGGGACUAUGAGCAAGAGGAUCAACAGUAUAUUUUGCGGAGAUCAUACCCUAACCAGAGAGGAGGACGCGGUGGAGGCGGUCGGAGAGGUUACUCUAAUGCACGUGGUCGCAAUGGCCGAGGCAACGGUGGCGGCUAUCAGAAUGGACGUAACCAGUACUAUGAUCCUGCUUAUCAUCCAAGAAGCUACUAUAACACCAGAGGUCGGGGCGGGAGACCAGGAGAUUCUGCCAUGUACAAACCUCAAGGACCAUCAGGCCAUGACAAUCAUGACCCAUAAAAUUUUGAAGCAGGUGCAAGUUGUUAGUUUUGGAUUAAUAUGCAAGUUUUUAGAUGUAAUGGAUAUCAUUCUAUUGAGCUGGAAAUUGAAAACCUUAGAGAUAUUUACUUUGCUGCAUGUUUAUUUAAGAAUUAUAGGGUUAUGCUAAUUAUCAUAUUGAUGUUUUCCCAAAUGAGCAUUAGAAUGUUGAAAUGCUGUAAAGGAUGCAAAGAAUGUUGUUCCAGUUGAGUUCCAGCUUCAUAUAGAACAAGUGCAUUGGGAGCUUUAAUAGUUGUGCUGCCUUUGUUGUAGGGUUGUAUUCUUCUUCUAAUCAUAAUUAUAGCAGAACUAUUUGCUGAUUCUAUGCA